ACAAGCGGUACAUUCCCACAACAACGUGAGACUGACGCGCACAACGCACUUUCGGUUGUGCAGGGACAGUAAAUAACAUUGUAAACAUACAAGUUGAGCACAGAGAAGACGUUUGUAUUUGUAUUGUGUACCUGGAGUCCUGUUUGGUCGAUCUGAAUCAGAGAUGGAGGCAGAGAGCAGAGAGAGGAAGAGGGCUCACGUUGAGGAUGAGGAGGAGCACGGAUCCGUGGAGUCCGAGGAGGAGGAUAAAGAUUAUGUCCCAUACGUCCCUGUCAAGCUGAGAAAACAACAGAUGUUGCAGAAGCUACUGCGUCUGCGAGGGAAGGGCUUGACGGACGAGGAGCUGAGAGACAGCGGCAGUGAGCACAGGGACGAUGAGGAGGGCCUGGGCCCACGCUCCAAUGUCAGCCUGCUGGACCAGCACCAGCACCUGAAGGAGAAGGCGGAAGCUCGUAAGGAAUCGGCUAAAGAGAAGCAGCUGAAGGAGGAGGAGAAGAUUCUGGAGAGUGUUGCCGAGGGAAGAGCUUUAAUGUCCGUGAAAGAGAUGGCUAAAGGCAUUACUUAUGAAGAUCCGAUAAAAACAAGCUGGAAGGCUCCGCGGUUUGUCCUGAGCAUGCCAGCAGCUCGUAACGAUCGCGUAAGGAAGAAGUACCACAUUCUGGUCGAUGGGGAUGGCAUCCCACCACCUAUCAAGAGCUUCAGAGAGAUGAAGCUGCCUGCAGCAAUUUUAAGAGGCUUAAAAAAGAAAGGGAUUAUUCACCCAACACCAAUUCAGAUCCAGGGAAUCCCUACAGUUUUGUCAGGCAGAGAUAUGAUUGGAAUCGCUUUCACCGGUUCUGGAAAGACUCUGGUGUUCACGCUGCCGCUCAUCAUGUUCUCCUUCGAGCAGGAGAAGAGGCUUCCAUUCUCCAAGAGAGAGGGACCGUAUGGACUCAUCAUUUGCCCCUCGAGAGAGCUGGCCCGGCAGACCCAUGGCAUCAUCGAGUACUAUUCCCGGCUCCUGCAGGAGGAGGGGGCCCCUGAACUGCGCUGCGCCCUCUGCAUUGGGGGCAUGUCCGUUAAGGAGCAGAUGGAAGUGGUCAACCAAGGGGUUCACAUGAUGGUGGCCACACCCGGGCGGCUGAUGGACCUGCUGCAGAAGAAGAUGGUGGGGCUGGAUAUCUGCCGCUACCUGGCACUGGACGAGGCAGACAGGAUGAUUGACAUGGGCUUCGAGGAGGAUAUCAGGACCAUCUUCUCCUAUUUCAAGGGUCAGAGGCAGACUCUGCUCUUCAGUGCCACUAUGCCAAAGAAGAUCCAGAACUUUGCUAAAAGCGCCCUUGUGAAGCCCAUCACGAUUAACGUGGGCCGCGCGGGAGCAGCCAGCUUGGAUGUCAUACAGGAAGUGGAAUAUGUGAAAGAGGAAGCAAAGAUGGUUUAUCUUCUGGAGUGUUUGCAGAAGACACCACCUCCGGUGCUGAUGUUUGCAGAGAAGAAGGCAGAUGUAGAUGCCAUUCAUGAGUAUCUCCUGCUUAAGGGGGUGGAGGCUGUGGCCAUUCAUGGAGGAAAAGAUCAGGAGGAGAGAACCAAGGCCAUAGAAGCCUUUAAGGAAGGAAAGAAGGAUGUGUUGGUGGCCACUGAUGUUGCGUCCAAAGGCUUGGAUUUCCCAGCUAUCCAGCAUGUGGUGAACUACGACAUGCCAGAGGAGAUUGAGAAUUAUGUCCACAGAAUUGGGCGUACGGGUCGAUCCGGAAAGACAGGGAUUGCGACGACUUUCAUCAACAAAGCCUGCGACGAGUCUGUGCUGAUGGACCUGAAGGCUCUGCUGAUUGAAGCGAAGCAGAAGGUCCCUCCUGUGUUGCAGGUGCUACAGAGCGAAGACGAGACCAUGCUGGAUAUUGGGGGGGAGAGAGGCUGUACCUUCUGCGGAGGUUUGGGUCAUCGUAUCACAGACUGUCCCAAACUGGAAGCCAUGCAGACCAAACAGGUCAGCAACAUCGGACGCAAGGACUACCUGGCGCAUAGCUCCAUGGACUUCUAGUCCUGCGUAUUGCCACAUGGACUGGACUGGGCUGGUCUGGAUUCUUUCAUUUCUAUUUAAAGGACAUAAUGACUGUUGGGCUUCCAGCACAGUGGACCUCCGAGUACAUGUUUCCACAGAGCUGGGUGGAUUUCUGAUAUGUACACUCUGCUCAGCUGUGCCCAGCACUGUUGCUGCCUCACACAGCAUGUACUGUAGUGUGGAGGGCAUAUCUUCUUCCACCCCCCCGUGCAGGGGAACUCCAAUGCCUGACAUUGUAACAGAGAUGCAGAAACAUUGUUUGUCAUUGCCAGCUGGACUGGGGUUUGAGGAAAGGCAUUUUAAAACCCAUUUUAUUCCUUUCUGUUUGCUACAUCAUUUAGGGAACAUGGUUAGUAAAUAUUCUUUCACCUGAUGGGCAGGUAAAUUAUGAUUGUCCAGUUGUUUUCAGUAUGAGAAAAUAAAGUGAUAUACCUUCUUUUUUUGUAAGAUUAUUCAGCAGAAAUGCAUACUGUAUACAGUAUUUGUGAGUUUCUUUUUGUUAACGUUGUACAACAAGGAAACGUAUUUUGUUAAGAAAUCUCUAUGUAUUUUUCACAGAAAAAUAAUAAAGGCAUCUCUAAUAAA